ACGACGUUUUCACUUUUUUUUAUAUUUGUUUAGACAUUACUUGAAGCUAGUCAUUAACACCUCAACUGAAUUACCAAAAAUGUUGACGUCGCGCUUGAAUCUCUGGCCUCGCCUUCAGUUGCUGCGCAGCUGCUCCACAACAUCAAUGGGCCAACGGAAAGAGACAACAUCGUACGAUACGAUACACGAUCCCCUGCAGGCUCACGCUCUCAAGGAGCAAUGCAUUUUGGUGGACGAGAACGACAAGGCUAUUGGAGCUGCUACCAAGGCGGACUGUCAUCGAGUGCAUCCGGAGACGGGUGCCGUCAAGCUACAUCGAGCAUUCAGUGUUUUUCUGUUCAACACCAAAGGCGAAAUGCUCGUUCAACGGCGCUCCGUGCAUAAGAUAACAUUUCCAGAUACGUAUACGAACGCCUGCUGCAGCCAUCCACUGUACGACAUUGAGCAGGAACGACAGGAGCCCAAUGCACUGGGCAUUCGUUUAGCGGCCCAGCGUCGCCUCAACUACGAAUUGGGAAUACCAACGGAUGAGAUACAACCUGACAAUUUUAAUUAUCUAACGCGCAUCCAUUACGCCAAUACUGGGGACGGUGUGUGGGGCGAGCAUGAAAUUGAUUAUAUACUCUUCCUACAAAAGGAUGUGACUCUCAAACCGAAUGCGAAUGAGGUUAGCGAGGUGAGGUAUUUGAAGCGAGAGGAGAUCGACGAUGCCAUAUCGAAAUUUAGUGCACCGUUGACACCGUGGUUUGCACUCAUACUGCGUCAUCGACUCAAACAAUGGUGGGACAAUUUACAUAGACUCCAGCAGUUCGAAGACUUGCAAAACAUUCAACGGUUUUGAGAGCCAAACACAAUAGGCAUUGUGCUGCGCGCCUAGCAACAAAGCCCCAACUCAGACCAAAUAACAAAAAAUAUUUGUGGAACCUCAGUUUA